UGACCAUGCAGCUUAACCAUUCAUUAAUGACCAACUUUGAUUGUAAAUAUGCCGACUACUCGCAUUGGAAACCUGAUAUCAUUUACACAAGUAUAGUCAAAACUGACCUUAACAUAGACUUGCCAGAAAAAGCAUACAUCACUGGAAUCAAUGGAUCACAUGCGAGUGGAGAGUCAAAUAAUAAUGAAGUCAUGCUUUAUUCUUCAGGAAAUAAAAUCAAUUAUUUUCCAUUAGCUUUAGAAACAUUUUAUAAAUUUUUUGUCCGAAUAACUUUAAGGCUUGGACGAUUGGUCGAACUACGUCAGUCUGACAUGAGAAAUUAUACAAAAUUAAAAUAUUUUGACUUGACUGACAAUGACAUUCAAGUUUUGGAAAAUGGCAUUUUUGAUUUUAAUCCAAAUUCAGAGCAUGUUGCGUUUCAAACAGGGUUUCAAAGUAACAAGCUUGUGUUUAUUGGACAGACAGUUUUUGAUGGUUUGACGAAUUUAGUUUCAUUGGGUUUACUUUUCCAUCCGUGCAUUAGUUUACACUACGAUAAUGACCGCAAUGACGUUCUUGACAUAAUCAAUGAUGUUAAAGUUAAAUAUGUCGAUUCUAAGUUCUCAAAUUUAACAGCUCAGCUUGAAAAGUUGGAACUUGAAUCAAAGACACUUGAUUCAGAUAUUUUUAUGCAAAGUUUGACCGAAUUUGAAAAUGACUUAAAAGCAUCGAAAUUUGCCAAACUUUUGACAUUUACUAAAAAAAUUGAAAUUUUAAAUGCACUCAAACUUGAAGAUUUAACCUCAAAAUCUGAUGUUGACUUGAAAAAUCUCAAUUUUAAAGACUUGGCAAAAUUGAUUGACGACUUUAAGUUCCGCACCCUUGGAUAUUUUAGACACUUAAUCGAUCAAGCAUCGAAUAUGAUUGUAAUUAUGCCAUCUGAUUGA